AUGAUGGAGGCGAGCUGGUGGUUGUUUGUAUUGGUUGUGGUGAGAAGUGCUGACUCCCAGGGCAGCUGGGGCACCCGAGGUAGCUGGGGUCGUCCUGAUGAAGGUGUCCCCAACGAGGUCUCACAGCCUCCGCCUGUCCGACCACGGGAAGAGAGUAAACGUUUUGUUCCCAGCACCCAGAAACCAGUCGAGGUUUCAGUACUUGGUCUUCAGAAUGUCUCAGCCAUCGGGCCACAAAAUGAACCCAUUGUUACUAGUUCUAAGAAAAGGAUAAUGUUCCAAAAUAAGACUUCAAAAGGACUCUCAGCCUUGCACAUUGGAAUCUUUGUGAGCGGUAUUAUCAAAUCAGAAGACGACCAUGUUACAUACCGGACGAGCCUUGGAGGUCCCUGCGGCAAUAGUCCAGUAGUGGAGGAGACUCUGGAGUCCUUAGGACAGCUGGUGAUGAAGAUAGUGGAGCAGGAGAUGAUGGAGUGUGACCUUGUGUUGGUCUACGAGCAUCAAUAUCACUCCAUCUUCCAUCACAUUGUCCAUCUUCCUGUUGUCUUGCAGGUGUGGGAGGUGAGGCGUCCAGAUGACCUGCAGCAGGUGUUGUGGUCGUCGUCAAGAUGUAGAGGCUAUCUCCUCCUUCUCCAACACCUCGACAAUUUCACCAACAUUCACCUCGACGCCUGGGACUACCAGGGAAGAUACGUGGUGUUGGCGGCCUCGGAGAGCGACCUGGAUCACCUCAUGUUGUCAACCAAGGUCAGGAACACCGAGCACGUACUGGCCCUCGUCCAGUUAGGGUCGCCUGGUGAGUGGGCUUUGUUUGGGGGCAAGGUGUACGGGGGUGUGGGUGUACGACGUCUCACCACCUGGAAGGGGGGAAACUCCAGCAGCCACUUACACAAUCUUUACCCACCUCCCCAGACUCAUCUGCAUGGCCUCCUCCUCCAGGUCGCAACCUUUAAGUGGGAACCCAAUGUGUUCUACCAGCGUGGAGAGGCUGGGAGGCCCGACACCCCUUACGGCGUAGAUAUUGACGUUGUACACUCCUUGGCGCGUUUCUAUAACUUCUCUGUCACGUAUGUGCAACCUGCCCAAGGAGAACUGUGGGGAGAGGAGGGCGAAGGUGGGCUCUGGAGCGGACUGGUGGGCCUGCUGCAGCGAGGACAGGCCCAGGUGGGCGUCGCAAGCAUCUAUGUCUCCGCCGCCCGCGCCUCCGUCAUCGACUUCACUCAAUACUAUGACUCAAGGAUGAGUUGCUUUAUGGCGCGGGUAGAGCAGCCACUCCCCCGGUGGCAGGCGCUGGCAUAUCCCUUCAGCGCCCACGCCUGGAGUACCAUCGUCGCCGGCUUCCUCCUGCUGGGUCCCGUACUCUGCCUCCUCGCCCGAGCAAGCAGAUACCGAAGCGGUGGGGAAUUGCCUCGUCUGCAGCAGCUGGAGUACUCCUGGAUGUAUACCUUCGGCAGUCAUCUACAGAAUUUUCUGCCUCUCAUGCCCCGCACGACACCAACUCAGCUCAUGGUGGGGUUCCUAGGGCUGUACGCCUUGAUCCUCGACCUCGCCUACUCCACCAGCCUAACUGCCUAUCUUGUCGCCAGCAAACCUCCAGCAUCCAUGGACUUGAUCAAGGAGUUAAAGGAGUCUGGGGUAGAAAUAGCCGGCUUGGGUUACUUCUAUAAGAAUGCUCUGGCUGCUGCCAUCGACCCUGACCUACAGAGCCUGACGAAGACCUACCACGCUCACCAGACCGUGGAGACCAUCUUCCCACGGGUGCUGCAGGGCCGCUCUGUCUUCCUCCAGAACCAAGCUUCUAUUGAGUUCAUCACUUUGACCAGAUUCACUAGGAGAGGCAUCUCCAGUAUGCGCAUUAUGAAGGAAUGUUUUGCACCAUAUGGCAUCGCCUUAGCCGUACAGCGCCACUCACCUCUUAGGUGGAGGUUCGACAGAGUCAUCGGGUGGCUGCAGCAGAGCGGACUCAUCAGGCACUUCUUCCUUACCUCCCUUAGGCUAGCAGCUUCGACUGUGGAGUACAGCAAGACGGUGGAAGACGGGUCAGCAGGCGAGGAGCUCCAUGGAGAGGCUGAGGGCGGUGUCCUCCCACUCACCACAGAACACCUUCAGGGAAUAUUCUUCAUCAUCGUCCUUGGCUGGCUCCUCUCUCUCUUCGUCUUUUUCGUGGAGAAUAAACUUUGUGUUAGAACAUGUGUCAAGGAGGGAGGCCAGAAGGACCAACGGGCACUUAAGCCAUUGCAUAGCAAUGUCCGCCUCAGCGAUAGUGCUGAAGGUCAGUUUCAUGGCCAAGUCUUCACCAAAGGGACAAAUGACGAUGAUAUUGACUGGUAUCAAGGGAGGAUUCUCUUCUUUGAUUGCAUCAAUGAUAUCUUGAAGUUCUCGUUCGGUGAUCCACUUGCUGAGUCUAUGGAUGAAGGAAGCUCUCUCAGCACGGUGCCGGUUGUUACAUUCGAGAUAGUAAUUGUGACGGUUAGAGAGGAUUUUCUCGAAGCCUUUCCCAAAUGUUUCCAAUAG